AAAAAAUCAAAACCCAUAUCUUUCAGUUUCCAUCGCCGGCAUUUCCAGUUCGGGUUCGCCUCAAGCUUCAGCCGCUGGCCCGCUGUCUCUCAACUCUCAAGCUUGCCCCCCCCUCUCUCUGCAACUGCUAACUUGUAUGUAUGGGUUUUGUUUUAAUUUUUUUUCUAAAUCAACUAAUCAAGGUCUGUAAUUCUUGUUUUGCAAACUAAAGGCCGAGUUCAAAACAUAUUGAUAGUUUCCUUUGAACAUUUUUUUUGACAUUAACAAUUUCAUGUUUCAAAAUCUGUUUAUUGGUUACGAGUUCUGUCUCACUCACAAAGCAUUUCAAAAUGAAUGAAUAUGGAACAAAUUCAAUAAGCUUCCUUCAACCAUGCUUGCUUUUCUCCAAUACUCUCUACCCAAAACUCACUUCUCUUCUCGCUUUGCUCGUCUUCACCGCAAACAUUUACACACUCUCUCUUCAAAUUCAGCCUCUCAUAACUUCACCAAUCUAUCCAACCUCUUGAAGGGUCGUCUUCCACACUCUCAUGUCCUCCAAAUCCAUGCUCACAUCUUCCGAUUCUGCGCACACCAAGACAAUCUAAUUGCCACUCGUCUCAUCGGCCACUACCCAUCUCAAUUCGCUCUUCGAGUAUUUCAUCAACUACUGAAACCCAAUGUAUUCCCCUUCAACGCCAUUAUCAGAGUCUUAGCCGAGGAGGGUCUCUUCUCUCAAGCCUUCUUUAUCUUCAAAAGGUUGAAAUUGGGGUCGCUUUGGCCUAAUGGGUUGACGUUUUCUUUCCUUCUUAAGGCCUGUAUUCGAGCCAGUGAUGCUCGUUGUGUUAAACAGAUUCAUACCCAUGUUUUGAAAACAGGUUUUGUGGAUGAUGCUUUUGUUUGCAAUGGUCUACUUGCUGUUUACGCGAAAGGUCUUAAGGAUUUGGUGUCUGCACGCAACCUGUUUGAUGAAUUGCCUGAUAAAGGUAUGGUUUGUUGUUGGACUUCUUUGAUGGCUGGGUGUGCUCAAUCAGGUCAAGCAGAGGAAGUUUUACAGGUUUUUGUAUUGAUGGUUAAGGAGGGUUUGAGGCCGGAAGACGAUACCAUGGUCAGUGCCUUAUCUGCAUGUUCCAAUCUUGAGAUUGUAGAAAUUGAGAAAUGGGUAAGAAUCUUAUCGGAAUUUGUUGGUGAUGUUGAUUGCAAAAAUUUAGGUCUUGAUGCAGUUAACACCAUUCUAGUUUACAUGUAUGGUAAAUUGGGAAAGAUUGACAAGAGUAUGGAAAGGUUUGAUGAGAUUGGUGACUGUGGAAGGAGAAGUGUGCUUCCUUGGAAUGUUGUGAUAAACAUGUAUGUUCAAAAUGCUUGUCAUGUGGAAGCUUUGAGUGUCUUUCGCUUGAUGAUGGAGAAUCAUGAUUGCAGACCCAACCAUGUUACGAUGGUUAGCGUGCUUUCGGCAUGUGCUCAAAUUGGUGAUUUAGAUUGUGGAAUUUGGGUUCAUGAAUACUUGAAAUCUAAGGGGCGCAAAGGUGUUCUGGCGUUAAACACAAAUUUAGGCACUGCAUUAAUUUACAUGUAUUCAAAAUGUGGGAGUUUGGAGAAGGCGAAGGAGGUUUUUGACCAGAUGGUCACCAAAGAUGUUGUCUCUAUUAAUGCCAUGAUCACGGGUCUUGCAAUAAAUGGUGAAGGAGAGGAGGCAGUGAGGCUUUUCUCCAAUGUUCCAGAGUUUGGUUUGCAUCCCAAUGCAGGAACCUUUCUUGGUGUUCUAUGUGCAUGCAGCCACUCAGGGUUGCUAGAUAAAGGAUGUCAGUUAUUCCUAGACAUGAGCCAACGCUUUUCUGUGCGACCUGAAUUAGAACAUUAUGCUUGCUAUAUUGAUCUGCUUGCGCGAGUGGGCUCCGUUGAAGAAGCACUUGAAGUUGCUUCCUCCAUGCCUUUUGAGCCAAAUGAUUUUGUGUGGGGGGCUUUGCUUAUGGGUUGCCUGCUCCACAAUAAACUAGAAUUGGCCCAGGAUAUUUCUGAAAAGCUUGUUAAAGUGGAUCCUGAAAAUUCUGCAGGUUAUGUGAUGCUCUCCAAUGCAUUUGCAGUUGAGCAUCGAUGGGGUGAUGUCUCAGGGAUGAGGUGGUUUAUGCGGAAUAAAGGGGUGAGGAAGCAACCAGGGCGCAGUUGGAUCAACAUCAAUGGUAUUGUGCAUGAAUUCCUUGCAGCGUCCCUAUCACAUCCUCAAGUUGAGAGCAUUUAUCAUACAUUGGAUGGAUUGGUGAAGGAAAUGAAGUUAGCAUGUCCUUAAGGAGUUCACAAGGUCCAUCAGCAGAUGCUUAUGUUACUUGGAUUUUACUUUAGAAGAACUUCAAUGCGCUAUGGGCACCAUUGGUGGGUACGCUUAUCUGCUUUUAAAGCUAUUCCUUUUUGCCUGUGACCUCUGAUUUUGUCUUUGUGGUCUUGUUUAUACAGUUGAAAUACUCUGAAAAUUUUAUACUUAUUUUAAGAUUGAAUGUAUAUUAGUACAGUGAGAUAUUACUUGUGGCAUAGGGCUUCAUGUUGCAGUCGCACAUGUUCGAUUAACAUGAAUUUUGCAAUCUAUAGAUGAAAUUUGAUGCAUUAAGUGAGAAUCAGAAUAUUUAUUGCUUUCCCCCUAUGUUUUCUAGUAUUAUGAUUGCAUAGUACUGUUGAAUCCUGAAAGAGUUCCAAUAUAUUUAAGUAUUUAUUAGCUAAUAAAGUAUCUUUUUGCAUUCUGAUGGUCAAUAUAUGCUAUUAGCUGCAAUUUUGUUGUGCAUCUGUUCACAUCACAGCACUCUGCAUGAUGUUUUUGGAUUUUUCUUUAUGAUAAUUGGUGACAGAAUCAUAAACCUCACAACAUGACUGCUUAAACUCAUCCAUUUGUCCUUGUUGCACAUUUCCUCUUGGUGGUCUUUGGCCUGGUUGUGAUGUCACUACAAUGUAUAAAAUUAUUUUAGUGCUAUGUACAUAAUUAUAAUAAUACUGAGAGAGUCGACGAGUUUAAAUUGUUGCUUUGUCACCUUCUUCUUUAAACAAUCCUAUAUACCUUUGAUGUGGCAUUAAACUAUUAGUAUUACUGCUCAAGGGAAUCUGAAGGUGAGUCACCAAAGAUGGCGAAAUUAGAUAUCUAGCGCUAGUGUAGUAAUCACUAAUCAUACAUCUUAUUUCAUGUCUUCCAAAAUGUAGGGAGACUUUGGGAAUAGUGUUAAAGAAUGAAGGUUUCUAUUUUUCUUUUAAAUAAAAAGAAUAUUCAUCAGACCUUUUGUCAAGGUCACUCAAUCAAAAGUUAAAUCCAUCGUAGUUUAAGAAUUUACAAGCCUGAUUGGUUUUCCCAGUCUUUAAAAUAUUCUCCGUCUUUUUUCUUGUUACUGUUGUUAUAUUGCAGUCCAUCUGACUUGGUAUGAGGAGCAGCAUUCAGUAGAUGAUUUCUGUAGCCUUUUUGACUGGCUUUCUUGUUGAUCUUGUGUUGUCUUAUUUGGUAAGAAGGUUCACUCUAAAUGUUGUGUUUUUAGUAGUCAUCACGACAUUACCUUGUUUUUGUGUUGAAUUUUUAAAUGUGAAUUGGAUAAAGUUAUGACUUUCUAGGACUGCAACCGAAGCAUUGCACCACAACUCUUUCUCAAGGAUCAUGGCAAGGCUAGGGCAGCUUGUCAAUUGAACUAUUAUCUUGUUUUGUUUCAAGCUUUGCUCAACCAUUGCUGAUGUUGCUGUUAGUAACAAGCUUCUUAACUUAAGAUGUGGACAAUCGGUGCUAAUUUUCUAGAUAAGCAUUGCUGCCACUGCUAUGUACAGGCAGAAUCUUACUAUUGUCUACUGAGCCUUUGGAUGUUGUGGCAACUUGGAAAGUGAGGUAAACGAGCUCGGUCUUCAAAUUGACCUUUCCUCCCAACUCCAUAGAAUAUCUUCCCUCAUUCAUCAGUGAAACGAGGUCCCGAAACGGAGAUCUCAGGUCAGUUUCUAAGCUGAAACUACAGUGAGCUCAAGUCUGCCCCUGUUUUCAAUUUCUUGUAAUGAGCAUUGCUUAAAAAAAUUGAUUAUCUUGUUUAGCUGAAUUAAUAUUUGUUUUGAAGCUAUGUCCAAACUAUAGUUAACUCACAUAUGUAUUUUUGUAUCUUUUUUAGGGUUAAUUACAUAAAAUUUUCCUAAAUUAUAAAACAAUUUGCUUAUCAACUCAUGUAUUAAAUUCGUUUUGUGCAAUCAACCUUUCUUCUAUCAUUAUUGACUUUUUCUUUUUGAUAAGUUUUUUUAUUCUCAUUGACUUUACCUUCAAUAGCGCCACUAUCCACCAUGUCCCAAAAAUUGUUUUUCUUGAAUUGCUGCAAACUCAAGUUGCCUUGCCUUUAGAUUUUAUUUCUUGCAAUGUCUACAUUCUCCUUUCCAUUUAAAUUUUCCCCAAGCCGUAAUGUUGUUGGUACAAUCUAAAUUACGAUGGCUGACAUAUUUACUUGUUUCAUACCCGUUCUUAUAUUGUUUGCGGUGACAUGGAAAUGUGACAUUCACAUUAAAACAGUUUCUCUUCCGGUAUUAAACACUCAAGUUCUUAUGUCUUCUCAUCUUUCUGUAAAUGAUACCAUCAUGCAUCUCGCUGUACUUGUUGACUUGUGAAACCAAGAACAAACACAUCAACUAAGCUACUAUUCUCAAUACCAGAACUAGGUAUAUCUUAGUUACAUAUAUGUAUGUUCUUCCAAAUUAUGCCAAUGACAACCUAGUUGAACUAACAACAUUAAUUUAUUUGGUAUUUUCUUGUUGAUUUGAGCUCCUAUAUUUUCCCCGAGUUCGAUAGUAGAGGAAAGUUUGAAGCCGAGGACCUUUGGACACAGUUCCAAGCUUUGCUCAAAACCAUGGCUGAUGUUGCUGUUAGUAACAAGCUUCUUAGCUUAUUAAAGAUUGUGGACAAUCGCUGCUAAGUUUCUAGAUAAGCAUUGUUGCCAGUGCUAUGUAGAGGCAGAAUCUUACUAUACUCCUGUGUCUACUGAGCAUUUGGAUGUUUUGGCAACUUGGAAAGUGAGGUAAACGAGCUCGGUCUUCAAAUUGACCUUCCCCUCCCUACUCUGUAGAAUAUCUUCCUUCAUUCAUCAGUGAACGAGCUCUACCCGAAACUGAGAUCUCAGGUCAGUGUCUCUAAUUCAGCUAAGCUGGAACUACAGUGAACUCAAGUUGUGCCCCUGUUUUCAAUUUCUUGUAAUGAGCAUUGCUUAAAAAUUUUGAUUUUCUUGUUUAGAUAGAUUUAUAUUUGUUCUGAAGCUAUGUCCAUUGGGGUGUAGUGGUGUAUUACCUACUUAGUGAAACACGGCCAUGCCUCAUUAUUGACCCCAUGUUGUUUAAUAAAAAGUUAUUUUUAUUUAUUUAUU